AUGGCCAUAUCCACCUAUAGUAUGUAAGGGAUGUUCAAAUUUAACGCCUUAGUUUUGGACCUCACUCAUUAACAAUGACUACUGAAGUCUUACCACACAAGCCAGCUUGAUGAAUAAAUUGUUAGGUUACCAGAACCAAUGUGUAAUGUUCAGUUUAAUUAAUCUUUGGAUAUUAACUCACAUACCCAUGCAAUGCUGUAGUAUUAAUUAUUAAAUGCAGCAUUAUAUAACCAUGCUUUUCUUUGCAUAAUAUAAUCUGAUUUGUCAUAUAGAUUUUAUUAAAUUCUUCCAUAAAAAAAGAGAUCAAUAUUAAAAUGUUAUGUCUGAAACUACCGUUAUUCUCAGAUAGAAAAUAACCAGAUAGAAAACCGCAACGCGGUCUUGAUUGCGUCCACAGCACGUUUCAUUUGAGUUCAUUUUGUGUUCCAGUUGACCAGUUAAACCAGACUUCUUGGUCACGUUCCAACACGUCCCAACACGUCCUAGCUUGUGUAAUAUAAUUAAUAAGCGCCCUGGUUUAUACUAGGGUUUCUAAUGCGUCCCUAGCGUUGCUGACAUAUAGCGUGACUAACACUUUCUCUAAAUUGCGUUCCAUAAUUCCUUCCAACCAAACAAGAACGUAGUGUUUUGCACGCAGUUUAGCACAACGUUAACUUUUGUUCUGCUAAUGGGAAAAACAAACAACUAAAUUCCGUUUUGUAUCUGUUAGAUUUGCCAGCAAUCGUGAGUGGCGAUAAAAUUGGAUUUUUGGAUCCACAUAAGCGUUGUUUUGGAAACGGUCAUUCUGGAAAGCAAUAUGUCAUCGACUCAAGUUUGCUGAAAGGAAAAACUCGCGAUCAGUUUAAACCUUUCCAGGGAGUAUUUGAUUUUGAUUUUUACGAAAAUUAUGAAUCGACUCUCUUUCGCUUUCCCCUACGUACUUAUCCGUCGAAACUCUCACAAACCGAGUACACGAAAGAGAAGGUCAACAAGCUUUUUGACUCGUUACAUGAAGAGGCUUCCAUUAUCUUGUUGUUUAUGAAAAACAUCCAACACAUCAGUGUUUAUGAACGUAUCGAUGAUGACGAGGAGGUCAAAUGUAUUUUCAAAGUAGAAAUUGCUCCUGAAAUGUGUGAAAUGGUGAAGCAAAAACGACAGAUCAUGCUUCAAAAUGCUGUUGAGGAAGAUCUUACUGAAUCAAGCUAUAUUGUAGACGUCUGUUUUUCGUCUGAUUCCGAGGAGAAGUGUUUUCAAUGGCUUUUACUCAACCAAAUUGGCUUGGAGGGAGAUGAAAGAAUUACGGAGCUUUCAAAAACGUUAAGCUUGCUGCCAUGGGUUGGUUGUGCCGUUCCGUUAAACGAGAAUGCUCAAAAGGAGGACUGCGGUCGUAUAUUCUGUUUUCUACCCCUCCCACAUGAUGUAGACUGUCAGACCGGUCUACCUGUAUUGGUGCAUGGCGCGUUUGGAGUGACGGAUAACAGACGUGGUCUUCUAUGGCCUGGUGGCGAAUGUCAAAGUAACGAAACUGCAGAAUGGAAUGUGUUAUUGGUAAAGAAAAUCUUACCUGCUGUCAUCUACAACGCUCUUAAAUCAAUCAUCACAGAUUGCCCAAUCACUGGUUUGAACGAGAGACGUAGACGUGAACUUGUGUACUCUACUGUGCCAAAAUUAAACGGUGUUAUAGGCCACUGGAAUUGUGUUCUAGACCCUCUUUUUCAAAAGUUAAGACAACUAAAUCUAUUCCACGCUCAAUCCUUGAGGGGCACAUCUUGGAUAACUCUACAAGAAGGACUCCUGGAUCAAAUGGGAAAAGCUGACGUGUUGGAAAAGACCAGAAACGCUGUCCGCAAAACACUUCUGAGAAAUUCCAAAGUAAUAAUAACAGAUUUGCCUAGUCAUGUGUGGGAAAUGGUAAAGAAAUAUUUCGGUGAAAGGCAAGAUAUUACCUCGAAAUUUGUUAGAAAUUUUCUUAGAAGUAAUUUUAUCAAGACAGCAUCCCAUGAUGAUAAACUGUCGUUGCUUGACUACAUUUUGCACGAUAACCCACAGCCACAAGAACUUAGCGCCAUCCCUCUUCUUCCUUUGGCAUCUGGUAAAUUUGUUUCAUUUACCAAACACCGUCAUGAUUCUGACCCAUCAUCGUCCAUCUUUGUGUCAGACGGUAGCUGUACAAAAGAUUUGCUGCCAAAUAUGCAAGAUCGCUUUUUAGACAAAAAAAUCCUAAAGAAAACGUACAAGAAGUUGGUCGCCAUGGCAGCAGAUUUAUUGGAUCAAGUCCACCCGACACAGAUGGUUACACUCACUCCUGAGCUUGUCAUCGCAUGUUUGCGUUUAAGUCUUCCAGAUGAAUGGUUCAAUACAACAAACCAGAAAGAUAUAAUGUCCUGGAACCCUGACCGUCCAGGCCAUCCGCCUGAGAAAUGGAUUAAUGAUAUAUGGCAUUGGAUCAAUGAUAAUUUUGAAUCUCUUGAGCAGUUCCAAGGAAUUCCACUGAUACCGUUUCAAUCGAAUUUGGAGAAAGCACUCGGCGUUCUUUCAAAAAAUUCCAGAUUCAUAUUCAAUUCAGAUUCUUUUCAGAAUAUGCAUCUGCCUUCUCAAGUAGUUGGACUACUCAAGGCUGCUGGUUGUAUUGUGUUGCCAUGUACUUCUACGCUUUUACAUGUGCGUCAUCCUGAUAUCAGCUCGUACGUAGCAUCUCCAGUGCCUGCCGAAGUUACGUUAAUGCUUGGCAAAUCGUCGAUGAAAUCUGCAGAAAACUACAUAAGGAAUUGUUCCAAAGAUCAAAGAAUGGUACUCCAAAGCUUUUUUGCUGCUUCACAACUGUUAUCGGAAAAGGAGAAGAAUAUUUUGCGCCGUUUACCUGUAUUAAACACACUUGAUGGCAGGUGUACAGCAGCUUUCGUAUGCGAACAGUUUCUCAGUGUGGCUUCACCCAAAUUCAAACUUCGAAAUAGCUUUAAAUUUCGCAGAGCGAGCCAAAUUAUCUCGUCUGCCGAAGUUAAAUCGCUGCAACUGGUUCGUUUGCUGGGUUUGGAGCCUAUCGAGCCGGCCGAUAUUUUUCGCCGAUUUCUCUUUCCUGACAUUCAAACUCAAUCGAUUUACAGUCGGGAAGAAACUACAAGCAUCAUGUUGUGGAUUCUGGAAAGAAAAUGUGAGAUACAAAACGAGGAAUUCCUGAAGGAAAUGAAAGAUUUGUCAUUUGUUAGCACAAGAAAUGGGGAACUAAAAAAGCCGUGUGAACUUUAUGAUCCGAAUGAUCCUGUUCUAGCUGAUUUAUUCCUUGGAGAAGACAGCAAAUUCCCAUCAGAAGAGUUUUCGAAACUGAUGUCAACCUUAAAAGAGUUGGGUGUUCGUGCACAAAACAUGAUCACCGCAUCGGAUCUUCUAGGUGUAGCUGAAAUAAUUGUUUUGUCAGAUUACCAAGAUGCCCUUAAGAAAGUCCAAGCAUUGGUUACGAUUUUUCAACAGAGACCCAAAUUUCUUAAUAUGAAUCUCGGUGGUAUUUCACUGAUAUCAAAAUUGGCUGAACUCAAAUGGCUACCUCGCGCAAAGAAAUAUCCUCCUGGAGCGGGAUACCCUAGCAUUAUGCAUAAUAAAUGGUAUAGCAGUGAAACAAUAUUUUAUAAACCAGGCGAAUUAUUUCGUGAGCCCCACACACUCCUCGUUGGAACAUCCGCACCGAUACUCGGCAUCAAAAUGAAUUAUGAUAUCCAAAAUUCGCUUGGUAUUCAGAAAUGGGUCAAUGUGAACAAAGUUAUUGAGAAUCUUAAAACAGUUGUCAGCGUUUGGCAUGAACAAAAGCGACCAAAUUCUCAAUAUAAUGAAAUGCUCCAAGGAAUCUAUCAAUAUCUUUCGAAAGUGCGUUCACAAGAUAUCGUGUCCGAAGCCAUUCAACGGAAUAAGCUAGUGAAUUGGAUCUGGCAUGGAUCUGGGUUUUGCUCGCCGAAGCAAAUGGCUCUAGAAAAGGAUUUGCCAUUUGAGUUUCGACCUCCACUUUUCUUACUGCCACAUACAUUAAAUGACGGCGGAACUCUUACAAGGUUUUUUAAAACCCACGGCGUACGAGAACAGUUCUCUAAGGAUGAUAUUAUUUUGGUUUUGGCCGCCAUUAAAGAAGCGCACAAAAAAUCAUCAAGUCAAUCUCCCAAAUGUCUGAAAAAAGAUUUAAAUUUUUGCCGUUCAGUACUUGAAUGGUUGGUUAGCGAUGGACAAAGGUUAAGCGAAGAUAUACGAGCGAAAGUGUUUGUUCCAGUACAGAGUGAUGAAAACAAGUUGGUUUUAAAAGAAUGCGAGAAGUGUACGUACUGCGACCAGGACUGGUUGAAGCAUGGUAAAACGGAGCUGGAUAUUCCAGAUGAUUUUCAUCCUAUUCAUGACUCUAUACCACCUAAACUGGCUAAACUCCUUGGCGUACCUUCUCUGAGUUCUUGUUUACUCUCGGCAGAGUCCAUCGAGUUCGAGCAGACGGGACCGUACGAGCCGAUCACAACACGAAUCAAGAAUAUUCUUAAAGAGUACAAAGAAGGAGUUGGAAUCUUCAAAGAGCUGAUUCAAAAUGCGGACGAUGCAGGCGCUACCACAGUCAAGUUUUUGGUGGAUUGGAGGCAAGGUAAAACGGACAGUCUAUUCUCCCCAGACAUGAUCGAUAGCCAAGGUCCAGCGCUGUGGGCUUACAAUAAUUCUGUGUUUACAGAUAAAGAUUUUGAGAAUAUCAACAAGCUAGCCGGAGGAACGAAGGUUGAAGAUCUUUCAAAGAUUGGUCGGUUUGGACUUGGUUUUAACGCUGUCUAUCAUCUUACUGAUGUACCGAGUUUUAUUAGUAGAAACUACCUGUGUUUUUUCGACCCAAAUGUUAAUCACAUCUCAAAUCACAUUCGCGACAAAUCCCGACCCGGAAUUCGCAUUGAUCUCGCCAAGAAUUCAAGGCCUUUGACAGCGUUCGCAGACCAGUUUUCUCUUUAUAAUCAAGUCUUCGGAUGCAAGACCGCUUUAAACAAUGGUGAGACGUUUCACUACCAAGGUACGCUAUUUCGGUUUCCUUUUCGCACAGAAUGUGAAGCAAAGAAAAGCGAAAUUUGCCAAACGGUUUACAAUUCUUCAAAAGUGAAAGAAAUCGUUCGUACUCUUCAACGAAGUGCCUCACUCUUACUUUUGUUUACUCAAAAUGUUAAACAUGUUGAACUACACGAACUUGGUUCGACAGGGAAUCCUCAAGACACAACUCUUGUACUUUGCAUCAAUAAGGAAAUGCAGAAGACAAAUACUGUGUCAGUACCUUCCUACAUUGAGCAGUGUUCCAAAUGGUGGCAGAAAAAGUUACAAAAAAAGUUACCACUGGAUGAAGCCCCUUCACGUUUGGAGCAAGUUAAAAUUGUGAAGACGGAGAAUCCUACAAGACUUACCGAUACUAAGAGAUCAUUAGUUAACAGUUGUAUUUGGCUUGUAGCAUAUUGUGUUGGAAAGGAUCGUUCGGUUGAGUUUGCCGCACGAGAAGGGCAAAAAGAUGGCUUGCUGCCUCUUGCUGGUGCUGCAGCUUUACUUCAAAACAACGCAAAUAACAACAUGGUGGAUACUAAAAUUUUAACCGCUGAACAAAUCGAAGGUGAAGCUUUCUGUUUUCUACCGCUCUCGAUUUCCACCGGGCUACCAAUUCAUGUUAACAGCUCCUUCGCCGUUCGCUCAAAUCGCGAUGGAAUUUGGGAGAAGACUACCGCAGAGGAAAACAUGGAAUCUCGAUGGAACGACUGCCUUCUACAAGACGCAAUACCAGAAGCAUAUUUUAAGCUACUUUCUAGAAUGGUGGAUUUGUGGGGAAGUGGUCGCUUGCCACAGUUUGAUAAACAGUUCCAUGAUUUUUGGCCACGUUUUGCUAACUCUGGUGCAUCAUGGACAACUGUCGUUUCAAGUUUUUACACCAAGCUGGUAGAGCGAGAUUUGAAAUUAUUCUACAGCAACGGAAAGUGGAUGAAUAUUACCGAUGGGUAUAUUUUGGACGAUGAGCUACGAAAGUUAAAACGAGUGGUUAAAACGUUGCAAAGUCUUGGCGUAUAUGUUUUUGAUCUUCCAUGCAAUAUUAUAAAUGCGAUGAAAAAUUCCAUCACUGCUGUUGUUCAGAAGCAAACCUUAAGUCUUGUGUCAUUUUUCGAGCGUUUCUUGUUCCCAAAUUUACCCUUCAUCUCAGCCGACCUGCGAAAUCCUAUCGUGCACCAUGGAUUACGCUACAUCUUAGAGAAAUCAAGAGUAGGCUGGAAGCAGCUUAAAUCUUUGUACAAAAAGACCGAAUGCAUUCCAUGUUCUCCAGAUGGCCAAACGCUUGCACGACCGUGUGAUUUGAUCAAUCCGAAAGUCAAAAGUAUUGCAGUGUUGUAUUCGCCUGAAGAAAAUCGAUUUCCUACUGGAGUGCUAGAUGACAGUCAACUGUAUGCGCUGGAGAAGCUUGGAAUGGUUAACGAUCUAUUAAGUUGGAGAGAAAUCUGCGGCCGUGCGAAAUCUAUCGAGAAACUAGCAAUGAAGGACAAGGGUUUGGCUUUACGACGCUCUCAAUUCCUUAUUAAAUACCUUCGCCGCAAUGUAGAACGUCUGAAAGAGAUGGAGGAUAUGUCGAACAGUGACCUUCUUCGGAAUAUAAAGUUUUUACCAGUGCGUCUCACUGCUCCAGUGUACUAUACACUCCCAUGGAAAGGAGCUGAGUUUCAUACCAUAGAAUUCCGUAGUCCUAAUGACCUUUUCUUGCUGAAAGAUGUUAACCUUAUUGGCUCAUCUUGCUUAAUCGUGGACGAUACUGAGCAAAGUGGAUGUGAUCGUAUGGAAGUUCUCGGAAAUCUGCUCGGUUUUUUACAUCGCCGUCCAAGUUGCCAGCAAGUGUUGCAACAGUUAGAAAUCACCAGGGAAUCAAAUGCGGACAACAAGACAAAAAUUACAGUUUGCAAACGGGUUUAUAAACUCCUUAAUGACGAACUAGCCAAGAAUCGAGAUGUCUCUGUUAUUACAAAGCUCAAAAAUACGGCGUGGUUGUUUCUACAUGGAAGUUUCGUAGAGAACAGGAAGAUCGCCUUGGAAUGGAAAGGCUACGCGGUGCCGUUCCUGUACAGUGUUCCUGAUGAGUACAAACGAGAAUUCGUAGAACUUUUUAAACUAACUGGCAUCAAGGAGAUGUUUACAGCCAGCGAUUUUCUUGAAGCACUGGAUUCGCUCCGAGGAUCUAAGCAAGAUUCGCAUCUAAUGCCAGAAGAUAUAAAACUAGUCGUGAUUUUAAUCAACGAAUUGAGAUAUCAAUCGGAUGAUUUAUUAAAACAACGUGUUGGUACCAUCCCAUUGCCUGACGCGCAAGGUGUUUUAUGCAACAGCAAAGAUCUUACAAUUCCUGAAAAUUUUCAUGUGAAAUAUGUGGGAAAUGAACGCUACAUUCAUUCGGAUAUAAACCGAAACGUUGCCCUCAAGCUUGGAGCGAAACGAUUGCUUGAUAGAAGAAGAGGGAAGUAUGGCAAGGCGAUGUCUAUGUCUUUUGGCCAAUUCGAGAAACUAACCGAUCGAAUAAAGAACAUCCUAUAUUCGUACCCAUGCGAUGUUGGCAUCCUGAAAGAACUUGUUCAGAACGCAGAUGACGCGAAGGCCACUGAAAUUCAGUUUAUUUACGACAAACGAAUACUUCCCCACGAGCGCGUCCUUCAGACCAACGCGAAAAAAGUCCAAGGACCUGCAUUAUGUGUUUACAACAACAAACAUUUCAGCGAAGAUGAUUUUAAUGGAAUUUGCAAACUUGGAAUUGGAAGCAAACGAGAUGACCCUGCAAAAACAGGUCAGUAUGGGAUUGGAUUCAACGCUGUCUACCAUUUAACAGAUUGUCCAAGUUUCCUGUCAGACGAUAAUACACUAUGUAUCCUUGAUCCACAUUGUGAAUAUAGUCCUGAAGCAACCCCAGAAGCUCCCGGUGGAAGAUACAACAACAUUGACCACGACUUCAAAGACAUCUUCUUUGAUACAGUUAGCGGUUACCUCGGUGACCAUUUUCGUCUGCAAGGCUCCACUAUGUUUCGACUUCCAUUGAGAACCAAUGAGCAAUCAAAAACCUCGGAAAUAUCGAAGCGUCCUGUUACCGAUAACGUCAUGAUGGAACUAAUAAGCAACUUUCAGAAAGAAGCAAAAAAGUUGCUGCUUUUCCUCAAUAAUGUUAAGAAAAUUGGUUUGUGGGAAAUCAAUAAGAAGUCUGAGUUGAAACCCAUAUACUCAGUGAGUUCCCAGCUUGAGCAAAGUUUUAAGAAGAAACUACCAGAGCUAUAUCGUCACUUGCAAGAGUAUAAAAAAGUAGUAACUUGUGACGUGCCCAUUAAAGACACGACGUAUACCAUCAGUAUUGAAGACACAGGCAAAUUGAAGCAAAAAUGGCUUAUUCAUCAAAGGUUUGGCAUCAAAACGGAAGCAAUGACAACUGAACAAACUCAUCAAAGUUCUGGCAUUAGAACAGACGCAAUUACAGAUGAACGAGCUUCUGAUGUUUGUGAUCUUGGUUUAUUCCCCCGUGGUGGAAUUGCAGCGCUCUUGUCAUCGAAUCGUGUUCACAUCGAAGACUAUGUGGCUUACUGUUUCCUGCCUUUGCCCGUGAAAACCUUUCUACCAGUCCACGUUAAUGGACACUUCGCACUUGAUGGAUCAAGACGAGAUUUGUGGUCUGACACCAAUAAAAUUUGUCGGAAAACAAAAUGGAAUGCAUUUAUGAAAGAGCAAGUACUAGGCCCUUCAUAUGCGUCGUUAAUUACUACAGCAAGAGAAUAUAUUCCUUAUUGUGACAACGAUUCAGGCGGAAUAUACUUUUCGAGCAAAGAGGUCGCUGCGAUAGCCUUGAACUGGUAUCAUAACUUAUUUCCCAAUCCUGUCGAAGAUACCAGUUGGCGUAUUCUUGCCGUGGCAGUUUACCAAUAUUUAAAAGAAACUCCAAUAUUACCCGUGGUCUUUCAAUCGCGUGGUACUGUCGCAACAGAGAAGGAUAAACAACGUGAAUGUGGAUCACGAGAAUCACCCGAUGCCAAAUUUUUGCCAAAAGGUAAUAAUAGUUCAUCUUCUAGUACUGGUUCUUUUCGCAACGCGUUUAGCAAGUACUCCUAUCACGGACCAAGAUUUAGAGAUUCUGCAAGAGAGUCGAAUUAUGAGCAUGCGAGGACAGCACGAUAUACGACAGUUUAUGAAAGGAGAAGAGAAACACCUACCAGAUUACGUAUUGAAUGGCUACCUCCAAAUAUUGUUUACUUCACCAGUGAAAAACAGCGGGAAAUUCAACAGUCGUUGCUUGAUGCACUUUUGCGAAUACGUAUGCCUGUAUUGCUAUACACGCCAUUGAAGAUCCACAAGGCAUUGUUAGAGUCCGAAGUUGAAUCCCACCUCCUCACACAAGAAAAUGUCAUUGAAUUCUUGUUGACCUCGCAAGAUAAAAGCUCUAGAUGCAACAUUGGAAAACUUCCAAUCCAACUGAAUAGUUCCAACAUUCAAAACAAACUCGGUUUACGAAGUAUUCUUGAAUAUUGCGAGAAGGUGCUCGAAGAAACUCCACAAAAUCUCCAAGGGUUACCACUUCUGUUGACUGAUGACAACAUGUUGAGAGCUUUCACUUCAGAAAGUCCUGUGUAUUGUUCAUUAUUCAGCAAAUUGUUUCCGGACAAAGCUUUCAAGUUUGUUCAACUUGAUUUUGUUCCACUGUUAUCAACAUUUUGUGGACUGGAACCUGAUGUUAUUCGUGAUCUUACUAUCGAGUCAUUGGCCACCGAGUUUAUGCCCGAUGUUUUUAGUGAGAAUUUACAGUUAGGUAAAAGAAAACAUGUCCCAUGGAAUUACUCGAAAAAAGGCAUUCUUUCCAAAGAAUGGUUCAUCCAGUUGUGGAAGUUCCUAUCUGAGAACGAUAACAGUACAAAUCAGUCGAUCUGUCUUGUGAAAUUUCAUCUUGGCAAGUACCCUAUUAUUCCAACGAUAGAUGGAAAACUCGCAACAGUUGAUUACGCCAAGUCAGUACUGACAGUGAGUAACGACAAGAAAGGAAGUUUUCUUCAACAGCAAGUAACAUUAAUACUCAAGAGCCUAGCCUGUCCUUUCUUAGAUAAAUCCAUCACGAAAGAGGCUUUGUCUCUUGUCCGUCCUUUAGUCGCAGACCCACAUUGCGUGUCUGAUGUACUGCAUGUUCUUGAUUACAUGAAUUCAACUGGAACACUUGACAUGAGCAAAUUUGAUGAAAAAAAGAUCAACACUCUUUUGAGAUUCUUUGAGACUGACUGCGAAAACAAAAUGUCUAUGAUCAUAGCAAAGACUUUGCCCUUUUACAAAGGCGUGGAUGGGAAAUAUCACUCGCUCUCGUCUUAUGAUUCCUACAUCCAAGUUCCAACAAGAUUGCCAAAAGAUGGGAUCAAGGAAUUGCAAAGUAUAUGUUAUGGAAGAAAAAUGUUGUUUCUGCCACCAUUACUUUCAGCCGACUUACAUCUACUGUACCAGGCCCUCGGAAUUAAAGUGGACUGCGGUAUCUCUCACUUUUACAUCAAUUAUGUACUAUCAAAUUUCUCAUCCUUUACCCAAAAAUGUCAGAUAGAAUUUCUAGCUAAUAUCAAAGAUACGCAGCCAUCCUUCAUGACAGGGGACUUAAAAAUGAAUUUGCGAUCCACAAGUUGUAUUCCGGACCAAAGUGGAAACCUUCGUGCCGCUUCAAGCUAUUUCAAUCCACAUGACGAGUUAUUUAAAGUGAUGCUUAAACCAAAAGAUAACGUUUUCCCAAUAGCUCCAUUUAACGAAAGAGAGUGGAUUGAUUUCCUUGUAGAAAUUGGGCUAAAGAAAAAUUGCGACGAACAGCAGUUCAGUACGUUUGCAAGAGGCGUAGAAGAAUCCGCACUGCGCAUGUCCAAAUACGAUCAGAACAUUAUUACUCAGUCCAAGGCUCUCGUGAAAUAUUUGUUAGAAAAUGGUGGGAAUUGGUUUCACCACACUAUCUCUGACAUAGAGUUCAUUGUGCCUAAGAAAGUAGAAAAUGAGCUUUCUUCUCUUCAUCCCCAAUAUUGUGUGAAUGGAAAGUUGGAAUUUGUUUCGUACCGCGAAUCAGUGCCGUGGAAAGAUAGGCACUUGGUUUGGACCAGCAAGAAGCUUCUACCCGACUGGGCCUAUCCUAAAUUUGAUCAUCGGCUGGGAAUCCCAUCGAAGCCACCGCUUGAUUCUGUGAUUGAACACGUGAAAAUAAUUUCCAAAUGUGCUUUGGAAAUAUUUAUGGCUGAUUGUACCUUGCCAGAGAAGAUUACUGAGGUGUUUAAAAAAAUUUAUGAUUUUUUGAAAGGGUUAGUGCGGAAUUGUGCCACAGAACUGCCUUCCUCACAUUGCAAUGAGGAAUGUCAGAAGAUUGGAAAGUGUUUAACUCCUGUUGCUUGCAUACUUCUCAGCAAAGAACGGUGUUUGGUAAAAGGCGAAAGGUUGUCUUUUGAAGACCCUGAAGAGAAGUUGAAGCCACAUUUUCAUAUGGUUCCUAGGGACUAUGUCCAGUAUGAACAUCUUUUGAAAAGGCUUGGAGUUACGGAAAAAAUAACUCCCUCACAAAUGGCUAAUGUUCUCAAAUCAAUUAAAGACUCGUGUACGAAGGAUGCGAUGAAUUCUGAAGAGGAAGAAAAAGCAUGUUUUGCUACUUCUGUCUUGUUUGAAUCACUUCGCAGUGAUUCAACUGAAGCCGAGUCAAAACUGUCAAAUUGCAAGGAAUUGAAUCUACCAAGCAUGAAAAAACGACUCGUUAAAUCAAGCAAAUUGGUGUGUAAAAUGCAACCACGGCUUCGCGAGUCAGUAGCAAUGCAAGGGUACGAGAUUUUAUAUCCUCUUGAAAAAUGCGGGCUGAAAAGAGAGCUGGAAGACGCCUACUUAAAUUCUCUUCCAAAACGACUUCGACCAACACCAUUGAGCAGUUUAGUACACGAAGAGAUAGAUCCAUUCUGUAAGAAGAACAUGACUUGUGUUUACUGCACGCAGAUGGAUUGUUCGUUUAUUCAGAAGUUUAUAUUGGUUUUACGAUCCUCACAAUUUGAACACGGCAUACUGCGUCUGUUGAAACAUCAGAAGGAGAUAUCCACUCUUGACGACGAGGAUAGAGCAAGAGCCGCGCGAUUUACCUCCACCAAGGUGAGCUAUUUUUUUAGUUAGUUUACAUAUGAAAAAAAAAAAAUUUUAAAUGCAGCCCUAAAUGACCACAACCCUGAUCCUAACCCAAACAAGACGCCCGCUCGGCGUUAACCUCGGGUCGGUGGAUAGGGCAUCGUCUGGUAAAUAUGCAAAAAUCGUGUAAAUCACGAUAGUUUAAUAGUUCACUAGUAUAAAUGGUGAAUCAGUCAAUCAAAGCUCCGUUUUAACAUUUUAUUGAUAAUAGUUAAAUACAGGAACAAUUUAGAGAAUUUACUGACGCAAUUAUUUAACUGUAUUUAUUCAUUAUUUGGGAUAUUUUGUGGACGAGUGAAUGAUAUACAUAGCUACUUCACCACUUCAUCUUGUAUUUAGUAACACUAACAGACAAUAUUAUCAGUAUAUUUGUUGAUUGCACAUAGCAGAACGACAGUCACUUCAGAUAUAACUGAUCCGGCAUCAUUAUAUAGUAAUAGUUGUACCACAGUCGAAGAAUGUAAUGAGUGGACAGUUGGCAAAAUUGUUGUCUACCAGUUACAGUAAGAACCAUCCAUAAAAUGCUUAGCAGUAUCAAACAAGUGAAAGUUGGCCGCGGUAUUCCCAUGCUAUGCAUACGAAGUAUUGUACAUUAUAUCAACAUAUACUCGAGAAUAGUUAUCCAGCUAAACAUGUAUGUCAAAAUUAUCACAUCUUCUGGUUUUAAAUCAACAAUUUUGACGGAUUUUGUGCAAGGACAGCUUCGGGUUCCGUUUCGCUUUGGCGAACCUCAACAAAAGGGAAGAGCCUGGGAACGAGGUUGCUACGCGCGCGGCUCGACACAAAAUGGGGAAAAAAUAGAAGCCGAAUUUAUGACCUCGGUGUCGUACCGACCCGAGGUAAUGAGUUGAUAAAAAUGUGAGAUUUCAUGGUUAAUGCUUUUAAACAUUUUCCUAUUUUUAUUUUAAAGCUCACUGUGAUCAAAUGUAUGAGACAAGUACAAAUCCGCCUUGUUGACGUGGCGAGAACUACACCGUUACGACAGAGCUCGGUCGAUCGCCCGUGUCAUGUCGAAAAGGAAGAGAACUCGUGGACACUGUAUAUUCAACACGAAUUCGGUGGACGAAAAAACCAAGGAAUCUUUGCGAAAGCUGUGAACGAAAUUAUGGACGGAUGCUUGAAAGGGAUGUUGGAACUAGCCGAUAUGCUGUCUUGUGAUUCACCUUCAGAAAUACCAGGCGUGCUUAACGACCAUAACGUGAAGAUAGACCACAACGAAGAAAGCGAAGAGUUAGGACAACCUGUUCCAAAUGUCUAUCACUAUCUCAUGAUUCAAAAUCCGCUGUGUCAUUUCGAGGAAGGCACUCGUGUCGCUUACGGCAAGGACGAAGGUAAGAUAGAUAGAUAUAUAGAUAAAUUAUUUAUUUACCACGCUAAAAAAGGAGAGCCCUAGUAAUUUAAUAAAGUCGAGUUCGUUUUAGCCGAGAAAAUUGAAGCUAGAGUUUAUGCAUAGAUUACGACGAAAUCUGUAAUUUACAGAUAUUGAUUAAAGGGAAAUGGCAAUAUAUUCUUUUGUUUUCUUGUUUGAAAGAACAUUUAAAACCAUAUAUAAAACUCUUUUACCGUUUUUUCAUAUCUUGCUUACUUCUACAAAUAUUUUAAUCGAAAGAAAUUAAAUGUUCGCCAUCUUGGAUUUUUGUAAAUAUGCAUAUUACGUCACAACAUGGGUCACGCAAUAUUUUUAUCUAGACAACCACCAAUAAUUUUGCACCCAAAGUUAUACUCUGUGUGCUCUUGGAAAUAUCAAGAUCACUUAUAAAAACCUUUAAAACAUCUACCAAUCAAUAUUUGGUCAGCAACGAAUAAUUUUACAUGGUUAAUCCCUGUUGUGACGUCUCAUUACUUCAAGUGAAAAUAUUUGAAGAACUAAGCAAGAUAUGAAGAAUCAGUGGAAGAAGUUAUUAAAUAGUUUAAUUUCCCUUCAAACAUUCAUUUCUUUUCAAUGUUCUUCAUUCAUUCGUUAUUAAUAUGCAUUUUAAAGCUAUUUACAAAGUAUACGAUCUAGUUUCAGGCAUUUCUAUUUAUAAUUUCGUUUGGAAUAGAGUUCCAUAGCUAGCACCAUCUUACUUAAGAGUAUUUUUCGUAUUAUUAGUACGACAUGAUGAACAAAACCACUUACAUGCCGAAGUUUAAUUCAUUUAAUCUUGCUCUUCUUAUUAAGUAAAAAGGUUACACUGGAAAAAUAUGGAAAUAAUAUUUUCAUCACUAAAUCUAAUGUAGAUUCACAGUAUUUUGAAAAUUGGAUUUUCUUAGUACUUCCACAAGGAUCCAUACUAUUUCAUGUGUAAUAAGGAUUUUUAAAAACAUUCCAGUGUUUAUUACUGAUUCAGGGCCCAUUUUAUUAAAAUUUUGUAUACAUUUGCCGUUUUUUUCCCAUCAGGUAGUGAGAAAAAUUGGAAGGAGGGCGAGCAAGCGGAGGAAUCAACCAAGUACACGUUGGCAAAGAUCUUGGCACGUGCUAACGCCAUUGAUAAAGCUGCCGGAGAAUACGACUUCAACGCCCAAUACAAAAUCGAUUUUGGUAGCAAAACUGAAUUCAAAACUGUCAGUGUUCUCGAUAUUUACAGUUACAAUCAAGACGAUAUGGGUAAUCUUGUUUCAGACGAUAUUGUUGAAACUCAAGUGAACGUUUUCGCGGAAAAAUUUAAUAUCAGUCGAGCUUUAACUUUGGCCAAAAAAUUGGAAACACUUUUACAGCGACGUAAGGUGCUUAGAAGACUCUUUUUGCAUUGGUUUCGGUGCAAGGACUCCGACGUUGCAGCUGAGAUGACCACAUUUAUUGAAAAUGAAGUUAUAAGACUAGAGAUUUUACGUGUUUCAGAAACUAAAGUAUUCACACGUUGGAGAGGACGUGGAAGACGAGAGAGAAAUAUUUUUAAUGGUUAUAAUCACUGGAUGUUCGAUGAUGAAUACUCUGAAGAUUAUUAUGGUUCCCAUUCUGGCUCGUCCUAUUCUGGCUCCCACCGCCGCGUAUAUAGAUUUCACGAAGCUUCGGAAUAUGUGGAACCGGAUGCCGCCGAAGCGGAACGAUGGAUCAAACAGUCAAAGGCAGAUUUGGAUGCCACAAAGAUGUUUCUUGACAAAUCCUACUCACAUGUGUGUUUCCUGAGCCAACAAUGCGUCGAGAAAGUCUUGAAGGGUGUGUUAUACGCCAAAUGUGGUAUACCACGACGAGAAUUGCGUACGCACAAAAUCGGCCAGCUUGCAUCUUCCGUACGUUAUUAUUUUUAUUAUUAUUAUAACAUCUUUAUACACGGUAACUAAUCAACCAUAUUACCUAAGUAUUUACAAAAAGUAUAAAGGUUGUUUUUUAUUAGGUACGUUGUGUCAAAGGAGCGCCCAAUGAAGUAGACCGUGCCAGUAAAGUUGCAAAUUACUACCUGCCAACCCGCUAUCCUGAUAAUCAACCGAAAUACAAAGUUCCCGCGGAAGAAUAUAGCGAAGAACAAGCCAAAGAAGCAUUGGAAGCUGCUGAAACAGUGUACACAGCUUUGAAGAAAUUUGCUCUCGACAGUGGCGACUAAGCGAAAUUUUUAAACUUUUUUUAAUAUACUUCUAAAUAGUCGACUUUGAUUAAUAAUUGGUUUUUACUAAACACGCUAUUUUGCAGCAGAUGGUGCCGGGAUGUACUUACCAAAUAGGAACACGUUUCCUGAUUGGCUUUCUUAAACAAAAGUUAUCAGUGUUUCAUUCUUUAUAAAGUUGAUUGUUCACUGUCUUUUAUUGACAUACUGAACGAAUCACAAAGCUUAUUCAUAUAUAGUUAUGGGGCGAUCCGUUGUUUAUCAGCUUGCAGUUAUCAGAGUGAGAAAAUGUUCAUUGUUUUCAAUUUUUCAUCAUAUAACAGUGUUGGCUUGUACUUGGAGAGCAAAUUGAGAGAUCUAGUUCAUUUUAUUGCUCCUAUAUAAUUGUCAACAUUUCUAAAGUUUUACCACCAUCUGUUGCCUUGUAACGUUUACUGUAUAGUAAUAGCUCAUAAAUUGUAGUAUACGUUGAGUUGUAGUUAUUUAGUUUAGUCUCGGCUAUGUUAUUUCGCUGUAUUAUUAACAAGUAUAAUACAUACUGCAACAGCAAAGUAAAGUCGUAUACAGUGCCUGCCAUAGCAAAAGAGAUGUAAUUCACUGAACCACCAAAAUCUUUUGAUUGUUUUUGUUGCCUCAGUUUUUAAUGAUCAGUGAAAUGAUCAGCGAAAAGGGGCGUAGGCAACCCAAACGAGGGGGGUGGGGGUCUAAUCGUCCGGCUAUCCGGUGGCAUGGUACCAUGGAAAAUGUUUCUAUUUCUAGGAUCUACGAAAUGCUAUUUCAUACAUUGACACAUUUUAUGAUAAUCUGAAAGCUACAGAUUUGGUAUAUUUUAUGUCAUAGAUGAAAUUACUGUCGUUCCAAUUGAAGUGUUGCUCAAAUAUUGAUUCAAUACAUUACCUCGCGCUGACCAAUUCAUUUGAUCAAGUUCCUCGAGAUAUUCAUACACUUCCUGUGAAAGAGCCAAUUCCAAGUAUUUGAUAAUUUCUGGUCACUUCCUUUCUAUUUAUGAUUGGUUAGUUGCACAAACAACAAAGGUGAUUGGUGCAUUCAGACUAUUCAACAGGAAGUUUACAAUUAUACUAGGAAGUGUAUGAAUAUCUCGAGGAACUUGAUGAAAUGAAUUGGUCAGCCCGAGGUAAUGUAUUGAAUCAAUAUUUGAGCAACACUUCAAUUGGAACGACAGUAAGAGGCUACGCCCCCCUCUCAGUUUCCCAGGGUCCGGACCCCAUCCCCCCUCCGUGGCUACGCCUAUGUCAUGCCAAAUGUAAUAGUCAAUUGAUACAAUUAUUGAACAAUUUUAACUGUAGUUUAGAAAUAGAUCUGGAUCUUUAAUAUUGAUCACGAUGAUAAUGAUUAUACGUGAGCUUAAUUUUAAAAUAUAUAUAC